UAGGUGUUUUUUCUUCGUAUCAAAGUCAAUCAACAAUCGAUAAACAAAGAUAGAAAAUUUUUUUUCUUUUUCUUCCCAAGUUUUUACGAAUUUUCAAGAAAAGAAUAUCGAAAAACUUUCUAAAAACAAUUCAUUGCCGUUGUAUUUCGAUAAAUUAUUGUUCGGCGUAAGUGGAAGAUUCAAUAUUAUAUAUUCCAACACCAGAAAACCUAUAUAAUUAGUCGUAAAUGGCCAAGCAUCAUCCAGAUUUGAUCUUCUGCAGAAAGCAACCCGGCGUUGCUAUUGGCAGGCUGUGUGAGAAAUGUGAUGGAAAAUGUGUGAUAUGUGAUUCGUACGUCAGACCGUGUACCUUAGUCAGAAUUUGUGAUGAAUGUAACUACGGAUCUUAUCAGGGACGUUGUGUUAUUUGCGGUGGUCCUGGAGUAUCGGAUGCUUAUUAUUGUAAAGAAUGCACUAUUCAGGAAAAAGACCGCGAUGGAUGCCCGAAAAUUGUAAAUCUUGGAAGUUCAAAAACAGAUCUGUUUUACGAGCGAAAGAAGUAUGGUUUCAAGAAGCGAUAGUCUUCGGGUUUCAUUUCCAAUCGAUUGUAUGUUGUUUGUAAUUUUAAUUCGAUAUCUUUCCGUGUAAAUUUUCUAAAUUUAUUCAUUAAUAUAUAGCAUUGUUUUUA